AUGCCACUCUUAAGGCUACCACGCCUGAAGCAUGUGCUCUCCUUACUUGUAUCAUGGUGAGAGACCCUUAGUUGUAUCAUGAUGGGAUAUCCUUGGAGGUGCUUGUUUUCGAUCAUGAUCCUUAAUUGUAUCAUGAUGAGAUGUCCUUGGAGUUGGAGGUUCUUCUUUUUGAUGAUCCUUAGUAUCCACGUGAUUGAUGAUCGACGUUGUAGGUUCUUCUUUCUCUUCUAUACAGUCGUGAAAAAGCCGCUGAAGCAUGCAUUCUCACAGACCAUGAUCUUGGAGGUCCCUCUUUUUGUAUAGUUGUGAAAAUGCAGUCAAGGUGUAUCAUGCGCGGAGCAUGCGACGAUAACAAGGCACAGCUCUAGCUCCUAAGUUCGCCUCUGUUUCUCCCGCUGCAUCUGCAGCUUCUGCCGGCAGUCCCGCUGCUGUCAACGACUGCGGACAUGGGGUUUCAGGCGCAUUUCUGUACCGAUGGCGUCUUGGCAACACGAUGCGCGACGGAAGUUCAGCUGCCACAGCGUGGCACGUAUUACAUUUACGGCUUAAAUAGUACUUUUGUGGAAUUUUACUCAUCUCAAGAAACGUGGGACAGUGAAUUAAGACUUAAAUGAUAAUUUUUUGCACUUUUACUCAAUUAGCUAGUUUUAUAGUUUUAUGGUAAAUGCCUUGAAUGUGCCAAACCUGACAAAGGCAAGAUAGAGGUCUAUUUCAGAUUCUUCACGUUUGUGCACGAUCAACGCAGGCACUAAAGUGCCUUCUUCUGCCUGUACAAGGGCGGGCUAGUGGUUUAUAUGAAUGACAUUUUCCGGCUAGUUGUUUUCUUGUAUCUAUCCUAGGUUACUAGCCCCUCCACUCCGUAUUUAGAUAAAAUAUAAUAAAUUUUGCUCGUCUUAAGAAGCACCAUCGGGCGCCUUUUGUUGGGACUCUCCUGCUUUCGCCUAGCUCGUCGCUGUGCUUCCGACUCCGCCUGUGGGCCGUCUGUAGGUCUGUGGAUAGCCGUCCCGCCUUUCCUUCUCCUACCUAAUAAUGAUAAUCCUGAGGAACAUACUGGCCCUGGCCUCAUAGUCUUGUCUAUGGCCUUUUCCUAGUUAGGUUGGCUCCGUCACUAUCAUUAGACUACACAGGAUUAUGUUCCUCUAAUAGACGCACGCACUCCUGUCUGGGCAAAAAGAAAUGUUUGGCAAUGCUUGGCUCCAGCUGGAUCUAGGGGAACCGGACACAGAGGUCUCCGCUGUCGUGAUCUUUAAGGCUUUAAUUGUUAACUGAGUCUAUGACGACUGGCUAUUUAUUAACUGAGUCUCCGCUGUAGUGAUGUUAUAUGCAGAACGAUAGGCGAGGGCGCUACGAUAGGAAGAAACCUGCGAAGCCAACCUUUUCUGAACCAAUAGACAGGAGUAAGCUACGGCGAAAAUUAGGGGAGCGGCAGGGCAUAUAAAGCGAAUAGAAUUCAAGAGCAAAAGAAGAGCACAACCCCCGAGGAGUGUUCAUACCUAAACCGAGGGGGGGCGACCGAUAAACGAGACAGAGCUGCCGGCCGCGCGGCCUUUCUCCGCAAUGGAAACACAAAGAGAGAGAAACGCGCGAGAAACAAACGAAGCGGGCAGCGAAAUCACAGAGACCAAGACAGACACCCGAGAGGAGCCGAGCGGAGCUUGUCAACAACAGAGCGCGAGGGUGCCGGGGCUUCUGCGGUUCUCAGCACGCUGGUCCGUUUUUAUGUUUGGCCGGCGGGCAUCUGAAGGGUGAAGUGCUGGGAGCAACCCCAAAGAAACUGAACAAGAACACAGCCGACGCUGGGCAAGGUCACCCGGAGAGCCCUUUGCGGGCGUCUGUACCGCGAAACAAAAGGGGCACACGAAUAAACCUGGAGAAGCACACAGCCGAAGCAAGACACAAGCGGCGAGCGCAAGUCUGCUUUUUUUUUUCUGUAAUGCUUCAAGCCUCUAGGGGGCGGGGGGGAGAGGGGGCGCACCAAUUUAGCUGGAGCCAAUCCACCCAGUGGACAAGCGAGGCAGACCACAAUACCGCAAGACAAAGGCCGAAGGCGAACGAACUGCACGGAGCAACCAGCCCAAGGAGGUGGCGCGGAACACCGAAGACAUAAGGCGCGGGCGAACACAUGCGCGGGCGCCUUGUCUUCAUCUGCAGCCAGGCCCCCAAGCGCCACAGACCUGCACAAAGCCAGACGCAACACAAGAGCCAGGCCAACAAGCAACGAGCCACGCCGCGGCGUACGCCUGUCGCCGAUCCAUCUUGUUCUUGCCACCUGCAGCUGAUGGAGGCCAGAGGGAGCGCGCGGCCGAGAGUGCGUGGCGCGCGCGCCAAACAACUUGCGAAGCCAAGCUGUGGGGGUGAUGUCCGCGCCUUUUAUGAUUCGGGGCCAUUGGCUUCAUAAGUUUCGCCUGAAACCGACUGCAGAACGAUAGACGAGGACACGACCUAGGGGACGUUUCUCGGCAUGGGAAUAAACACCCCGAACAGGAGGGCACGCGCAUGACUUUCACAACCCGGGGCGGCGUUGGUUCUUGCCGCUGUGUUUCUCUGUAUCUUCGGGGGUGCUCGGUGUCAGUUGAGGAAUAUUCACCCCUCAAAACGGUGCAGGAUGUUCAUUUUUAUCGUGUUAGGCUCUAGAAUUCUGCAUAUAUUGCCAAGUUGGUGCUGUGUGACUGAUCUGGGCCCUUAGUGUCUUUACCUUGAAAAGUGGAAAGUGGGGAGCAUCUCCCUCGCUGAAAAGCGCAAUCAAGUCCCGGGGAGUUUUACUUAGAAAUGCUCUCAUUUAGAUUUGGUUAGGAAGGUGGAGAAAAAGACUUCAAAAGACCUACAAAGAUCUGCUUCUAUAUGUAGUAGUAUCAAAAACCUCUUCCACUUUCAACUUUUUCAAGUAGAAAAGUUUGAGAGUGAAAGAGGGCUCCGUAGUGUAUAUGAUAGUAAUACUUCUAGAAAUAAUUCUUAGGUUUUUGCUUUUUCUACUUAGGUGCCCCACCAGUAUAUGGUAUAUUUUCCAGGGGCCAGGGGCCAAGGCCCCCCCGAUCUAGGGAGGCGAGGGGUGGGCCCCCCGCCCCUGGGCCUUUUUUCCGAGGGACUGCAGGGCGGGAAGGCCUCCAAAAGCCCACCGCGGUCCCCUUCUGGCUUCCUGCGUGUACUCUGCAGAACGCCAGAAGGCCCAAGACUUCCCCAAGCAGGGAAGGCCGGGGCACGACGGGAGGCAGGAAGGCCGCCAGAAGCUUCCCGCCACCCCCUUCCAGCUCCUUGCAUGUACAAGACAGAGCCCUAGUCCCUCCGGCGUUUCCAUUCAGAGAAUUCCAGGGGUGGAAGGCCUCCGCAGGCAGCGAAAGGGGGAAGGCUUGACCCCUUGUCACGUUGCCUGACAGACCUCCCGGCCGCCCGUCUCUCGAUGGAGGAUUUUCGGGGGGGUAAAAGUCCGCCGAGGACAGCCGGCGGCCAAGGUUCUUUGACCUCCUCCGCCGUGCUGCAUGUGUCGGACAGAACCUCGCCGGCCACACAUUGCCCCCACCCCGCUGCGCCCUUGGUUCUCUGACUCCCCCCGCGACCGUGGCCGCCUACGGCGGCCUCUUAUUGCCGGAGAUCUUGCUUCCCCGGCCGUGAUAGUGCGCAGGAGCGGGGAUUUCUGCGGGGUACGUACAUGCGGAGAGCCCCGGGUCGCUUUAGCGGAGGACUGCUUGGCAGGAAAACCUCCUGGGGGAGGCCUCCACCCCUGGAGCGUAUAUAAUAAUGCUUCUACUUCCGGAAGGGGUCGAUGUGGAGGGCCCUUAACUUAAUCUAAACUAACAUCUACUGCGACUGUUUAGGCUUCUUGGAGGGUUGAUUUAGAGGGUCAUUAAUUACAUUCUAAGAUCAAAGCCUAACGACUGUAACCGACUUACUUCAUCUAAUACCUACUACGACUGUGCUUCGCUUUUGUUCACCUCAAUGCACGCGCACAACUUGCGCACCUUCGCAGACGGGGUUGAGGGCUCCUUGAUGCUCCCUUGCGACACGAGCGACGAAUGGCAAGAUAUGACAGGAAAAAGUGCACUCAUGCUCAAGAAAAGAGGCUUAAUACAUUUUGGCGACAGGAAAAAGAGGCUGACAGGAAAAAGAGGCUUACAUUUAAGCGCACCUCUUCUCCCAUGCGUAUGGAAAGGGACAUACACAAGACACUUGCUUAGAAAGUGCCUACUUAUUUCUUGAGGAUGAGUACACUUUUUCUUUUUCGCUUCAUACAAGGGACCCAGCCUCUGAAUGUGGGCGUUUCCAACAGUGUCUGUCUAUCAAGGUAUUAUGGUUGCGCUUUUCGAGACGGUGUCACAGGCGAGCCGAAUCCAGUCUUUUCCGAAGAAGCAGGCAAAGUUAAGUGCCUCUUCCGUGGGUCUUCUCAGAAAAUUUUUUUUCUUUGGAUGAGGAGUGAUCUUUUCUAAGAGAGAGACGUCUUCUAAUAAAGCACGAAACGUGACGUGGACGAAGAAUGCUGAUAAGAAGUGCGGAAGCGACAGCGUCACUCUAGACAAUUACAGGUUGUGUGAUCAAAACCAUCCAGACAAAGCGGUGCACGAUACGUACAACAUUUUGUUCGACUCCGCGGUGGGAGGUGGAUUUGCUGCACUUUUGUGCGACGUAGCGAACAAGCAGAUGGCGGAUAUCAACUGGGGUUUCCGAAUUUGUGCAGCGUUACCGCUUUCUUUGUGUGCCGCUGUAGAGUUAAGAUAGUUGGUUCCAUUUACAUUUAGCAUGAUAGAAGGUUAAGAUCGGUUCCAUAGAAGUUGGUACCAUUUAGAAGGUGUUGCUUCGUCUUGCCGAUGGUAAAGAACGAGCAUAAAGAUAGAGAAACGGUCUCAAGACGACCAUGAUACAACAGAACGUCUAAUAAAGAUGGAGAAGCGGUCUGAAGACGGGCUGUAUGGGUUCACCUUUUGGGGUGGCGGAAUGACGGACACGCGCACGCACACAGACACCAAUACCUUUGAUUGCUACACGAAGAAUGUGGCGCAAACAUCGGGGGAUCCUAUUCCUGUCGCGAAAGGUACAGAGUGCAUGUCUCGCAUUCUGGACGGCGACGAUCCCGGUCUACAGGCUGCCGAUUCCGGUCCCGCGACCCAGCAGAGGCUCCUUGUAACCUGUCCCAGCUCCACAAGGGGGCGCUUUGUGUAUUUGGAGAUGCCAAACAUGGGCAGGGACAUGCACGUGAGACAGCUGCGACUAAGGGAAGUAGAGGUGUACGGGCCGCCACGGUGUCCAGUAUGUGCGGCAUGCUCUGAAGUGCCACCCGUUUCUGUUGACCAUCAGCAUGCAGCGUUUAUUGCCGUGUGGGAAUUGAGGCCGAUGACGCGCUUCGACAAGGUGCACAAUUUCACUGCUACUGUUAAGGCUGCUGCGGCUCAAGCAUGUCCUUAACACCAUCCAUCCUUGGCCACCUCUUUUUCAGGGGGAUGAAAAAGGGUUCGAGGAUCCGCUCAGGGAGGUUGCGGCGCGGCAGCUCUAAUACUGGCCGCAGGCGCGGAGACGAGUUCGAUGAGGAGAGUAUUCUCUUUCACCAAGAUUUGUCGCCAACAGUUAAGGCCCUCUGCCUCGGUGAGUCAUCUUCCAUGAUUCAACUUCCCUGUGAUUGUGCGCUUCUAUUGAAAUUCCACAUGUAGUACACUUCUUUGUACUCAACUUCUAUUGUAGUUUGCUUCUUUGUUCAUUCCACGACAACUAUGAUGAAUGCAACAUGAAAGAUGAGUUGAAUGUUUUUGCGACCCACCUCUAACCACGGUCGCCCAUUAGCAGGUCCGAUUUUCGGAAUGAGAGUGGAGCUGGAUUGGCACGAUCAAAUGUGGGGUAUGCACAGGAAAGGUGCUAUUGCCAUUCGUGUGCGACGUGCAGUCGGCAAGUACACUUACGUUCGACCGACCUGUGCCUUAAUUUAAGGCUUGGAAGUUGACCUCGUAUCGUCUGAAAGCAUAUCUAUCUGUAUGACCUCCUUCUCAAGUACGAAAGUCAUAGAUAUGCGACUUAGGCCGGUCAACUUGCAACCCCUAACCAGUUGCGUCGCAGGUGGUUGGCCAUGCACCGAAACGACGCACAAGAGAAACAUUCGAGUUCGAUGAAAAUUAGGAACAAUAUAUAUCAUAAAAAGACUACUGCUCCUAAGAUUUUGACGCACUUGUUCAAUAUUGUAUUAAGGCUUUUGUUUUUAGAGAGCAGGAAUCAUGUUCACACACUCAACAUUCUUCGAAACUGGACUCCUCAUAUAGGAUUCUGGGAGAAUCAAAAUGAGUUCUUCUCCUUCUACGAGUGUGAAAGACCACAUUCUAUCCUCCCACUUCUCCUUCUAAGAGUGUGACGAAAUAGUAAAGCACGCGCAAGCAGGUGAUGUGAUCGUAGUAAACACCAAGGUCGGUGGUGGGGGAGGCCACGAAUUGGUCUUUUUUAAACUGCGGAUAUCCGUUCGCUAUCGUCUACCACCUACAAUUAUGGUAACAGAAUAUAGGUCUUCAAUCAUGUUAAGUGAUUGAGAACCGUUGCUCGUAUUGUUCAUCUCUCUCUUCAGCAUCUCGAUACCCCUCCCCGUUGUAAGUAAGUAGUUGUUUUUAUCCAUUCUUCUCUUUCUCAGCAUCUCGAUACCCUUUGUUUUGCCGUGAAGUAUACAUAGGGGAGAUAACACGCUAAUACAAGGCGCAUCUUGGACGUUGUGGGACCAAAUGGAGAGCUUUUUGAUGCGGAUGAAAUUGAUGAAAACUACAACCCGAUCCCGAACUGGAACGCCACACACUUUCCUAAUGUUAUGGCUUAGCUUCAAGAUUAGUACAACUUGGAGUCGAAAAAGCCAAGUUAGGAUGCGGUGAAGGAAGGCAAGUUAAGAUACCAAAAUUCGUGCAUGAGUGCAUGAUGUAUUCAGCGUUUUCUAAGAACAGCACCCCAACGCCGCCACGUGUCGGCAGCAACACUAGAAGGGCACUGCGUUCGUCGGCGUAUACGUAUGACGAAGACGAGAGCGAGGAUGCUAGAAAAAGGAGGCUUCGAACCGUGCCGAAAGGUGUGAAGAUGUGGAAAACCAAGAGCAAAAAGCGCGCCAGAGAGGAGAAGGCAAAACGGAUAGCCGAAAUCAAGAAGGAACGGAAGAAGGGUAGGAGAAGAGCCCGCCUACUCGAGGCAAAACAAAGUUAAGCAAAACUCAAAGCUUAAAUCAAGAAACCCGUAGAAAGUGCUGGUAAUUUGUCUUGCGCAGUGUAGUACUGCAGUAUGUGAGAGUAGACCCGGAGGUGGACAGUAGUUUGUAAUGUCUAUUUUUAGAAGCACUUUUGCUGUUCUUUAGUGACGCCUCUCUCUUCUUUCUGACAAACAACUAACUACAUUCUAAGCAGAGGCGCGUCUACUCGAUCCCGCCUUGGAGGAGCGCAGAACUGAGGGUGAAGAGGUGCCGGAUGAAAAGCUGGACGUGGAGGGCGACAUGUCUGCGCCCCCGGACGAGAUCUUCGGAGAUUCGGAAGACUUAUGACAUAAGCUACUUAUUUGAUCUGAACGUGAAGGUCGUAACAACCUUCAGGCUACCAACUUAAAGUUAAAGAAUGGAAACUGAGUCUUACUUAGCUAGAAGGACAGAAGCGCCUGUCAAGUACUUAAAGAAUGGAAACUGAGUCUUAGCUAGAAGGACUGAAGCGCCUGUAGUACUCCCAUCAGGAACAACCUCAGUAUUUCGCUCUAAAUCUGCUCGAGGACGACGACGAAGAUUUGAAUCCAGACGACGAAAUGACAGACGAGAAACUACUCGAGGAUGAAAAUUAUGAAUAGCCUAUUGACAUGAAGGCUAACAAGACCUCUCUACUACUAGCCGAAAGUAGUGCACAGAGGUACCAUGACAUGACAUUAGAAUCGUCGAAUGAAUACCCUAUUGACAUGUCAAUCCUCCAGUACCCUAAGAUUACGUCUUCUAUUAGAUCGGUGGACAGCUGUAGCUGUAGAAGAGAUUGGUGCACAGCUGUAGCUGAGAUGUUGAACUACAAACUCAUUGCAAGGCUGUGCAGAUACCUUGUACGGAUGUUCCAUCUUCUAAGAUACAGAGAAACUACGCAUAAGAAAGAUGCAGGCUGCUGCGAAGGCCAAUGUUAAGGGUCAUUAUCAUUUUGCAUCCUCCGCUGCGCAUCCUUGAGGUGCUUUUCUAUGCAUUACGGAAAGAGUCUGAUUGCAUUGAGAAAAGAGUCUAAGAUGAUGUUCAUUCUGAGGAAUGCAAAAAUGUCGAAACAACUUCUAAGAAUGAUACUGAUAAAGCAGCAGAAGGAGCGACAUCCCCUCCUUCGACAAGCGACAAGCCUCGUCCAGACUAUAUUUUCGACUCGGUGAGCAGAUCUUUUAAGACGCCGGACGGACGACCAGUGAAAGUAGACCCUCAAACAGGGAAAAUCCUAGCGUUCCUGGAUGCACAGUUAAGAAUCAUGCAAAUUAUAUUUAUAGGAUCUUCAUGUAUAAUGCCAAUGCCCAUAGUUACAUUUGAGUCUUUCGUUUUUUCUUAGGUAGAUCACAUGGUAUUACAAUCGAAGGACUUUGUAACAGAGAGAAGGAGAUGAAAGGAGAAUGUUGCUGCUCUACGGUGACCGAGAAGGACAUGACAUACUACUUCUGCUAAUUAUUUCAACUGACGCGGAAAAGACGACACCAGAACCGGUUGAGGUCGAAGAGGUCGCGGAAGACACCGUCUUGGACUACAAACCAGAAUUAUAGACGUGCUAGCCGUGAAGGCCACAAGUGGUCUGAAGAGCAUUAAUAUUAAAUUGGAAUUGGUGAAUUCUUGAACUGGACGACAAGUGCAGCGAACGGCCUUCAAAUUGUCGGCCUGAUAUGUAGCCAAGUACUGCCGUCUCCAUAGACACACCGUUCGUUACUAUCUUGUCUUGCCGGGGGCAGUGGAUUAGUACUGUGCAAGACCCGAAUGAAUCAAAAUAGCAUCUACGUAUAUUAAUAUGGCAGCUUACAACAAGAAAAGCUCGUCGCCAAACAGUAAUAAGAUAUUCAUUACGUCUCUCUCUUCAGAUUCUAGGAAGAAAAAAGAACUAACAACCUACUAAACUAAGAAAAUCAAUACCCACAAAGCUACGCAUCCACAAACAGAACCUCACUUGUUGUAAUCCAAUUAUAUUAAGGAUACAAGCAAACUGAAAUUAAACGCCCUCCAUGUCAGGGGGGCCACAAACCUGUAUUGUUAAUGAAAGCAAGCACCACUGAUUCCUUUGACGUAACUUCUAGUUUCAAAGUGACGACUGAAAGCAUACUGAUUCCUUUGAGGUAAGUAACUAUCAAAUUAAUUCAUUGUUCAGCUGUAACAUGAGACUCGGUUGAAGAUUUGACAUUUAUCCAAGAAACCCUAGUAGUCCUUCUAAACACGAGAAGCGAAAACUGGACCCGUGAUUAUGCAUACAACUAAGCACCAUCCGAAAGCCCAUGAGCUUUCUUUCGUUGAAGAUAUCCUCGCAUUCUAUGUAUGAAAUUAAUGCGUCUUUGAUCCAU